AUGACCACAAAAACAAGUUCUGUAAAUGAUUCAUCUAACACUCAGCAGUUUGAAAUAUUGUUCGCUACAUCAAAUAAAGGCAAUCCAUUGAUAAUAUGUGAUAAUCACUUGUUCAGAUGCAAUAAAACAACAGCAUUAAACAAAUAUUGGAUGUGUAUGGAACAUGGUUGUGGUGUAUAUAUACAUUCAAGUCUUACUAAAGAAUUAAUAUGUGUUAGUGGUAAUCAUAAUCAUUCAGCGAACCCUGAUCAACUUGAAGCAAAACUUUUACGAGAUAAAAUGAAAGAACGAAUAUUAGCUGAAACAACACUCAUCACAAAAAUAUAUGACGAGGAAGUUGUGAAGGCAAAUCUUUCAAAAGGGGCAACCGCAAUCUUACCAACUGUCGUUCAAUAUCGAUCCAAUAUGAGUAAACCACGUAGAAAAAAUACACCUGUGAUACCAUCAAACAUUGUGUUUGAUAUACCAGAAUUAUAUCAACAAACACUAUCUUCUAAACAAUUUUUAUUAAUAGAUUUAUUUAUAAAAUGUGGUAAAGAUCGAAUUCUUGUAUUUUCAAGUGAUCAACAAUUAGAAUUAUUAUUUAAAAGUGAUAAAAUUUUUAUGGAUGGUACAUUUGAUACAACACCAGCUCAUUUCAAACAAGUGUACUUGAUACAUGCUCAUAAAUUUGGUCAAGGUAUGUAA